AAACCAAAAAAGAAAAAAAAAAUGGAAAACUAUUUUUAUCCAUUUUGUCCAUGUUACAAAUAAUUACCCUGAAAAUGAGUCCCGGAGAAAUCGUCAAUGAUAGUAAAACACCGUUUAUAGGCAGAUGAUUAUCUUUUACGGGCUUCCCUCUCAUAGACUUUUAUAGUAUUUCUUUUGCUUAUUUUCAAGAAUGGCAAAGCUCACCGUUACCGUCACCGUCACCGUCAUCUUGUUCACGUUGGCUGUCUCCGUCGUUUCCUCCAAGCCGGAGAAAGAAAUCGUAGCCGAUCACCUUACCACUUUCUCAGCCGAACCCGAUCCAGUUACCACAAACCCAACUUCUUCCGAUGACGUCACUAUCCCGGUGAAUUUCCAUCCGAUCAAUCGUCAUUUCCCUAGACGUCCCUUGAUGACGACGGCUCCUUUCAACCACCGCCGGCACGAGCUUUCGCGGCGAGGCCUCCAGAUCCCUUACGGCAACGACAUGAUCUUCUCCGGCGAAGAAAAGGCCACAGGUACCGAUCCUUCGUCAGACGGCGUGGAUAUCCCGGCGAUCAAGAUGUUUGUCGGCCCAUUCGCGUCGGAGGAGACAAAACACCAUCCCGGUCGUGAAAUUGAUUCCGGCGGCGAGGUCAUGAUGAUCACGGUGAAGUUGAUAAAGCGCCAAGAAGAAGGAGAAAGUGAAAGAGAGAACAUGUUCAGGACAAAGAUUCGCAAGUUUCUCAACCAUUUGGUCUGAAUCUGAACAAGACGACGACUCUAG